UGUUAAUAAACAAUGGAAAUGGCAGCGAGCAAACGGUUUGCGCAGACGGCUACUGAAGAAGUUAAACAAAAGAAAUUCAAGGAAGAAGAAGUGUCCCCUGGAUCACAGACUCAUCAGAAAAUGUCGAUAGCAUCUCAAAAAGCGUUUUCAACAGGUUCGGAAUUCCCGCCACUACAGACUGGUACCCUCCGACUCUACAGCAUGCGUCUCUGUCCAUACGCUCAAAGAACUAGAUUGGUACUUGUUCACAAGAACAUACCACAUGAAGUGGUCAAUAUUAACCUGAGCAAAAAGCCUGAAUGGUACCUGGAAAAAAUCAACCCCUUGGGAAAGGUCCCCGCGCUUGAGAAAGAUGGCAAGAUCAUUUACGAAUCGGACAUUUGUUGUGAUUAUUUAGACCAGGUGUAUCCAAACAACAAAUUGACCCCUGAUGACCCAUAUCAACAAGCUAAGGACAGGAUGUUACUUUCACAUUAUGGACAGGUGACUACGCAAUAUUACAAAUUCUACUUUGGUACACCGGACAGCUUUCCAGCGACGGCCGAGGCUCUCGGCAAAUUACUGUCGGAAUUUGACAAAGAAUUGGAAAAGAGGGGAAAAUUCUUUGGAGGCGAUAAUGUUCAAAUGAUAGAUUUCUUGGUGUGGCCCUGGAUUGAACGAUUCUCCGCAAUGGAAAAGUUGGUCAAUCAAGUAUUUCUGACAGAUGGAUUAAAACCAAAUUUGAUGGCGUAUCUGAAGAGAAUGGCAGACAUUCCAGCAGUUAAGAAGUGUAUGACAACGGAGGAUAAUCACCUAAAAUUUUACCACAGUGUCAAAAGUGGCAAUGGCGAUUAUGAUAUCGGACUUGAGUAAUUUUCUACGAAAAAGAGAGAAAAUUAAAAUCGAUGAUAAUACCAAUAUUAGGCCAUCAUUAAAAAUAUCUUUUUUUCCCCUAACCCGACCCUAAAAUUUGAAGUUGGGUAGGUAGGUAGGUAAAUAAUUUU